UCUGCCUCCCGUCAAGAAUCUCUUGCAUCCAAGUUCCAAGCCUUAACUAGCCUCAUCUCUGGCUCUAAUCCCUGCCUUCCUUCCCCUUAUUCCGUCGCCUCUCCCGCCAUGUGGAACCAGCCUUACCGCAAAUCUGACGCCGAGGCCGGACCUGGGCCUCUUUACCCUAUGAUGCUCGAAAGCCCCGAGCUCCGGUGGUCCUUUAUCCGCAAAGUCUACUCCAUCAUAACCUUUCAGUUGCUCGCCACCGUUGCCGUUGCUUCCGUCGUCGUCUUCGUUCAUCCCAUUGCCCACUUCUUCGUCAGUUCUGGCGCUGGCUUGGCCCUCUUCAUCGUCCUCAUCAUCAUCCCUUUUAUCGUGUUAUGCCCUCUGUACUACUACCACCAGAAGCACCCGCUGAAUUACCUGCUUCUGGGGCUCUUCACAAUCUCCCUAGCUUUCGCUGUUGGGCUCACCUGUGCGUUCACUAUCGGGAAAGUGAUACUGGAAUCUGUGAUAUUGACAAGCGUGGUGGUGGUCAGUUUGACUCUCUACACAUUUUGGGCCGCCAGAAGAGGUCAUGACUUCAAUUUUCUUGGCCCCUUCUUGUUCGGUGCUGUGUUAGUUCUCAUGGUUUUUGCUCUGAUUCAGAUUCUAUUCCCGCUGGGUAAGAUAUCAGUGAUGGUCUAUGGAUGCCUAGCAUCAAUUAUAUUUUGUGGUUACAUCAUAUAUGAUACAGACAACCUUAUCAAAAGGUUCACCUAUGAUGAGUACAUUUGGGCUGCUGUCUCGUUGUAUCUGGACAUCAUCAAUCUCUUCUUGGCUCUGCUUACCAUAUUUAGAGUAUCUGAGAGUUGACGAUGACAUCGCUGGUUGUUGCAUGUGUCUGAAUGACAGGAUAAAGAAUUUGUUGUCCACCAAUGAGUCGACCUGCAAAUACUAUGUGUAGCUGAAAGCCUGCCUUGAAUUGUAAAUGCACAUACGAUGUGAUUAUGUCCCCAUUCUUUCGGGUUUUGUUCUAAUUUCAGUGCUUUUAUGACUAUUAUUACUAGCAAAUAGAUCGCAAUUAUUAAUCAUAUUAGUUUCGCUACUUGAACAAACAACCAUACGACUUUAUUUUGCAUCCCAUUCAUAAUAAACUAAUGAAUGUGUGAUUAGCGAAAGAUGUUUGUUCGAGAUUUCGAUGUUAAUGUUUUGUAUGUUAUUGA